AAAGCAAAGAUAAAUUAGGGUUUAGUGAUGUCUAGUAAAUGUACUUGUGUUUAAAAAGGUACAUAUGAAUGAAUAUAAGGUACACGAGGCGUGCAUUAGGUAUACCUUUUGUUAAUUGUCGAUAACAGCAUGCCCAUGCAAAUAUACAUAGGGACCAUAUAUACAGUUACACACAACACGGUAUGUUUACUCAAAAUAACAUAUCUUUAAAAUCGAAAAAUGUUAAGAUAUCCAAUUUAAAGGCGAGUUUAAGCACACACUACAAGUCUUAUUUACAUAAACAUUAUGUACGAAAAUCCAUCGUGAAGUGAUUGUAGUUUUACGUCUUUGAUAUUAAUAGCUAGUGAUGGAUAUGUUCCAAAAUAAAGAUAGUAAGUGAUGCUAGUUUAACCAGUCAGGAUAUCAUUAUAGGCCCAAAUUCACUUUUACUAGCUAGUGACUGCAAUGGCGGCUGCAAAACAUGGCGGAUCACAAUUUUGGGGUAAAAGGAAAGCCCUAUAUGUCCUAUCUAUCUAUUAUAUCAUCCCAUUUAUACUGGAUAAAAAUGUUACUUAAACUAAUUUAUCACCGUUUGAUAAAAUUUAUACAUAUAAACUAAUACUUAUAAUGCAUUCAUUUCAUAACGAUUAUUAUUUAUAUUAUAACCACUAAUGUUUUCGUUAAUUAAUUUUAUCUUUAAGUAUUAGUUAGAUGUUUUAGCAAGCUACUAUUAUAUAUAGCUUAACGUAAUAUAUGUCUGAUUAACUUGGUAUCUAUAUCUUCUUUGAAAGUUUGAUAUUAACGUUUACUUGUUUGGGACCUCUUCUUUGCCGUACUUUAAUUCCCAUUCAUAUCACAUAUUCGAUUUAUGUUUUCUUAUCUGUAUAUAGAUUACAGAUAUGAUCUAUGAUAUCAAAAAGAUGAAAAUGAAUUUGACUGCUUAAUCAACGCAUUUACUUUAUUUUCCCUUCGAGGAUAGCGAAGUGUGCCCACGUUGCACUAUUACAACCAUUGCUUUUUAACAAAAAUAUACUUUAGUCGCAAUUCUUCUAAAUUUGGAGGCUUAUGAUAUUGAUAGGGUUCUCAUAUUCACUUCCAAAGCAUCUUUUGAAAAAAAAAAACAUCUUCCUCUCUCUUAUUUUGUUUACUUUCUUAUUUUCAUUUGUUCAUACUUUAAUAAAGGAAAAUCGAAUCGCAUACUUUCUUCUCUAUAUUUAUCUUCUUCUUCAUCAUCAUCAUCAUCUUCUUAUUACUUACUUUAUAGAACAACAAAACCCUAGAUUUGCUGUUCAGCUCAGGACCGUACAAACUGAAGAGUUCAGUAGCAUCAUGGAUACCGGCCCUUGGAAAGAUACAAACGACGACGUUUCAGGUCAGACUAGGACAAGACGUGAAGGAGAGUCGGAAGAAGCCGUAGCCACUACGAAGCGGCCAGCUACGAUUUCUUCUUCUUCGUCGUGGAUGAAGUCAAAGGAUCCAAGGAUUGUUAGGGUUUCACGAGCCUUUGGAGGCAAAGACCGUCACAGCAAAGUGUGUACGUUGCGUGGUCUACGUGACAGACGCGUGAGAUUAUCAGUCCCCACGGCUAUCCAGCUCUAUGAUCUUCAAGAACGCCUCGGCCUUGACCAGCCUAGCAAAGCCGUUGACUGGCUGCUCAAUGUAGCUAAAGAGGAGAUCGAUGAGCUUCCUCCCUUGCCCGUCUCGCCGGAAACUUUCACUCUUUUCAACCAUCAUCAGUCUUUCUUGAAUCUUGGUCAACGGCCGGGUCAAGAUCCGACCCAACUCGGAUUUAAAAUCAAUGGAUGUGUAGAAGAGUCUACUACUACUAGCCGCGAAGAAAACAACAAUGAGAGAGGUGAAAAAGAUGUUUCUUUUGCAAACAAUCAUCACAUUGGGUCUUAUGGAACCUAUCACAACAUGGAACAUCAUCAUCAACAACAUUCGAGUUUUCAGGCGGAUUAUCAUCAACAUCAACUACAUAGUCUUGUCCCAUUUCCAUCACAGUUCUUGGUAUGUCCAAUGACGACAUUGUCAACAACAACAACAACUACACAAUCUUUGUUUCCCUCAUCCUCAUCAGCUGGUUCCUGGACUAUGGAGACAACAGAUCCAAGGCGAAUGAUCUUCCCGGGAAGUGAUAGAUCCGGUGGUCGUGAUGCUUUCUGGAGACUCAACGAGGCGGUUCAAGACGGUGGUGUGAACGAAGUCGGUUUUUCGGGUGUGGCUCCGUCAGAUCUCGUUUUCAGUUUUGUAGAUCUACACGGGGUCGCGGCAGUGGUGGCGCGUGAGACUCAGUUCUGGUACUCUCCUCUGGUCUUUUCUCUUGUUGCUUUAGCGAAGAGUUUCAUCUUCGAGUUGGAGUGGAGCGUUUUGUUCUUCUUGUCGUCUGGAUACUUGGCGUCUUGUAUCAAGACUUGGUCUAACUGCGUUCGGUGGAGACGGCGGACCUCUUUGUCGGCGCGUGCACAGAGGAUUGGUGGUCGUGUGGCUGUUACUUCUCUACAUGGCUUCUCCUCCGGUGGCCUCUCUCCAUUUGCUAGAUCUCUCUCGUCUUCGGUUCAUAGCCCAGCCUCUUCGCGGGAGGUCAGUGGCGUCUUCAUUUCCGCUUUGGUGCUUGCUCUCGGUUCUCCACCGAUGUGUUGGCCAGAGCUCAGGGAGUACAGGAUCAGGUUCUCUGAUCCGGACCGGAAGCUGCGGGUAGCAUCUUAUGAGUCUGUUGGUGUUACUCGUAGCUUGGAGACCCGGUUGAAGAUCGAUCAUCCCAGUGCCGGGAUCUCUACUUGGAGUCUUGACGUGUUGGUGGCCUCGGCAAUUGACGGUAAGCAUUCCUCUCCCGACAGUCCGGUGUUUUGCGCUUCAUUGACCGUGUCGGUUGCGAUGAUGAUGAAGUCAUCGGGAUCCAGCUACUCCGGCAGGAAGACAACUAGGACGGCGGCGGUCUCCUAGGCUCGGGAAGGCACCGGCAACUCAGGUAACUCCGGGUUUAUUCCACUUUCCCGGGAUGUGUCUACUACGGUUGAGAACGGUGAACGAUUCUGUGGAAAUUGAAACUAACUAGUGAACUGCGCCGGGUGAGGUUUGUGUAAGGGAAUCUAGUUGGGGACGAUUAGAUGCGGUUAUUUUGUCGGAUUUAAAGUUGUAACCGAUACUGGAUUCCCGGUUCGGGCCGGUUUUUAAAUAUUAAAUAUGUUACUUAAAAAAAAAAAAAAAAAUGAUACAUGCAGAUAUAUAUAAAAAUGGGGAAUAAUAAAUAGACGAAGGAGGAAGAGAAAAUAGUUAAUUAGGAAUAAUAGAGACAAAAAGUUUGUAAAUAAUAAUAGUGUGUACGAUCUUCUUUGAUUGAUUAGAGUAAAAAGGCUACCGAUCCAAUGCUCUGUCACUCUGUCAUAGUGUCAUAUAUCAUCAUACUUUCUGCGAAAAGCUUCCAUGUCGAUCUCUAGCUAUUAUGCAUCAUAUAUAUAUUGUUUAUUUCAAAGUUUGCCAUAUAUUAACAGCCCUUUCUCAAAAAAAAAAAAGUUUGCCAUAUAUUUUGAUGUACACUCUUCACUGUCAGUACACUAGUCUAUUUUUGUUGUUGUCUACGAGUUAUAUCGAAACUCAUUAAUAUUUUUUGUUAAAACUAUAACGAUGACAACUCAUUAGACAUGCUUGCAACUGCACAAUUUAUAAAAAUGUAUGUUUCAUGAUUAACUUUUUUUAAUAAGAUUGUCUGAUGAAAAAAUAAACUGAAAAUAUACUACAUUAAUGAAACUGAAUUGUAUUUUCGAUUGCAAAUCUCUAAAAACGAGUGUAGGUCUUAUAUAUGCAGUAUAUUAGUGGUUGUUAUUAGAAAAUGACAUUUAUAACGUUACUAGCUAAAAGAAUUUGGCAAGAAUAUGCACCAUUUGGUGAGGUUGCGGUUGAUCACCCACUGAAUUCUGAUCUUAUGGCACCAACGGCUCUGGUUUUACUUGUUGAGUUUUCACCUUGGACGACUUUAAUGGUUUACGAAUAGCUUUGUAAUCUUAUAUUUUUAGUGGUAGAAUUAGGUGGUUUAAGAGACAUUUAUAUUCCAAGU